CGCCGGCCUCUGCGUCCCAGAAUCCAAGAUGGCGGUGUCCAGGCAGAGGGGUCCCCAGGCUGGAGCGCGGUCGUUCUUCUGCGCCCUGCUGCUGUCUUUCAGCCAAUUCGUCGGGAGCGACGGCCCGGGAGGCGACGCUACGGCUCCCGGCGCCGCGGGCACCCAGGCCGAGUUGCCACACCGCCGUUUCGAGUACAAAUACAGCUUUAAGGGACCGCAUCUGGUGCAGAGCGAUGGGACCGUGCCCUUUUGGGCCCACACGGGGAAUGCUAUUCCAAGUGCAGAUCAGAUUCGAAUAACGCCGUCAUUAAAAAGCCAAAGAGGUUCUGUGUGGACCAAAGCAAAAGCGGCCUUCGAGAACUGGGAAGUGGAAGUGACAUUCCGAGUGACGGGAAGAGGUCGAAUUGGAGCCGAUGGCUUGGCCAUUUGGUAUACAGAAAAUCAAGGCUUGGACGGCCCGGUGUUUGGGUCAGCUGAUAUGUGGAAUGGUGUUGGAAUAUUUUUUGAUUCUUUUGACAAUGAUGGAAAGAAAAAUAAUCCUGCGAUAGUAGUUAUAGGCAACAAUGGACAAAUCAAUUACGACCAUCAAAAUGAUGGUGCCACUCAAGCUUUAGCAAGUUGUCAGAGAGACUUUCGUAACAAACCGUAUCCCGUCCGGGCGAAGAUUACCUAUUACCAGAAGACACUGACAGUCAUGAUCAAUAAUGGCUUUACACCAGAUAAAAAUGAUUAUGAAUUCUGUGCUAAAGUGGAAAAUAUGGUCAUCCCCACACAAGGACAUUUUGGGAUAUCUGCUGCCACAGGAGGUCUUGCAGAUGACCACGACGUUCUUUCUUUCCUGACUUUCCAACUAACCGAGCCUGGAAAAGAGCCACCUACGGCAGAAAAAGACAUUUCAGAAAAAGAAAAGGAAAAGUACCAAGAAGAGUUUGAGCACUUCCAGCAAGAACUAGACAAGAAGAAGGAGGAGUUCCAGAAGGGCCACCCUGACCUCCAGGGGCAGCCAGCGGAUGACAUCUUCGAGAGCAUAGGCGAUCGGGAGCUGAGACAAGUGUUCGAAGGACAGAAUCGUAUUCAUCUGGAAAUCAAGCAGCUUAACCGGCAGCUGGAUAUGAUUCUUGAUGAACAGAGGAGAUAUGUCUCUUCCCUGACAGAGGAGAUUUCCAGGAGAGGAGCAGGGACCCCAGGGCAGCCUGGGCAGGUCUCUCAACAGGAGCUGGACACCGUCGUGAAGGCCCAGCAAGAGAUUUUGAGACAAGUGAAUGAGGUGAAGAACUCCAUGAGUGAAACCGUGCGGCUGGUCAGUGGCAUCCAGCACCCGGGCUCGGCAGGCGUCUACGAGACGACUCAGCACUUCAUGGACAUCAAGGAGCACCUGCACGUUGUCAAGAGAGACAUCGACAGCCUCGCGCAGCGCAGCAUGCCAUCUAAUGAAAAAACAAAAUGCCCAGAUCUACCACCAUUCCCGUCGUGUCUGUCCACAAUCCACUUCGUGAUAUUUGUUGUGGUGCAGACAGUGUUGUUCAUUGGCUAUAUCAUGUACAGGACUCAGCAGGAAGCAGCUGCCAAAAAAUUCUUUUGACCUUCAUUUUCCUGUAUGUACGUCAUCUGGGCUAGACUUUCGCUGGCUUCAAGACAAUUUACCUCUUAUUAAAGUAAUGGUCUCGUUUGCUAUGGGAUCCAGAACAACACUGUUUAGUAUUCUACUAAAUUGUUAUAAACCUCUGUAAGUUUCCUCUCAAAUGUCAUUUGCAAAUUGGUCUGACAACCUAAAAUCUAUAUAAGACUUUUUGAAGAGCACCUACAUUGUGGCACUACCUACCCUGACCAUGUGUAUAGUCUGUCCUCGCGUUUUCUGCUGACACUCAUCCUAGACAUGUCACAGUGCUCUCACAGUGACUCCACAGACUUGCUGCAGCACACGGUGCUCCUGCUCUCGCCUCUGUGGAGCUAGCAUUUGACACUUAACGAAGUGUCAUCUUCCAGAACUCCCUUAUAAUAAAAAAGCUUCCAGACAAUAUCAGAUUUUAGACUGUGAGUCUUGGGAGAUCUUCCUGAGAUAAAGGCUUCAAAAGCCAGUGUUACAAAGUCUGCAGUCACGUGUGCCCGAAUGCUGAAGUGACCCAAAUCUGGGCGGUGUGCAUCCCAGGCUCCCGUCCAAGGGGAAGCACACUGGCCACUCCUAAUGUGAUAGCAGACAGUCAAUGUGGCAGGAGCAGGGGUCCUUCUACUUCCAAAUUGCUUUUAAAAAAUCACUCAGCAAGGUCGUUAGUUCACAUAGUAUAUCUGUCUUUAUUUGUUUUUCUCAAAAAUCAUUAAAUCUAAAUAGCUCACUUCUGAGCAAAACCCUGCUCUGUGGAAAAUUAUCACUGCCAGAACUCCUCCAUUUCUGUAGUGUCUUGUGUGAGUGGAAUAACUCAACUUCUCACACCAGCAAUAUUUUACAGGUGCCUUGGAUUAAAACAAAAUUUAUUUUAAAACUUUAAGUCUUGAUUUAUGAUGCCACUUUUAAAUCUCAAUUAUGUAAUUGCCAACAGGCUUGUUCAGUACACUGCUUGUUGUAAGAUUAUUUAAAUGUUUUUUUCAUUUCAAACUUCACUGUGAUGUCACAAACAAUACCCAGUGUUUUAUCAUGUAUUGAAGGCACAUCAGUGUUUUCCAGAGUAUGGCCCAUGGACCAGCCUCUCAGUUCAUGGAAUGCUUAUUAAGAAUGCAGAUUCCAAGGCCCCAUUCCAGUCCAUCCACAUCACAACUCGGGGGCUUCCGAGUGUCCAUUCCACAGACACCACAGACAUGCACACUGACAGUUGAGAACCACUAGAAUGAGGAGUAGGGGAAAAUGUUUGACGGGUGUUUACUGUGGACUCAGAGCUGAGCUGAGCACUUUCCACUGUCAUUGAGAGCGGUGUCUGUGCUGGUUCUUCUGUUCAUCUCAGUGUUUGCUCACUAACUCUCCUUCACUAGCAACUGCAGACUGAGUCCAGGUUGUUGGCUGACCGCUCAGCUCUCUGAAGCCUGCAGAGUCAUCUUUGGCUCAUAGCAAGGUGUAAGCGUGCCCACGGUGAAGCUUGCCUGCCAAAGCCAUUGCCUUCCUGAUGGUCACCACCGCUUAUCUCAGAUGCUGCACAUGUUGAUAGCAUGAGGAAAAUGGGAAAGACUUGAAUAGGGUUUCUCACCUGCUGCUCUUUGGAGAAUCAGUCUUCAUAAAGAACAUAGCGACUCUAACUCUGCAGUGCCCAUGUGCUGGUUGGAGGAAGGCAGUGAGCACGUCAGUCAUCGGGGACUUUGUAAAGUUUAGGUGGGAAUCAGCUCUUAUAACUUUUUAAAUCUGUAUGUUGCCCAUUUUAAUAUAUUUCUCUUUUGAUGUUAAAGUUUAAAAAGGUUUUCUAUCUACUGUCAAUUUUAAUUAUAUAACAUUUUGUCAAGGUUUUGUUUUUUUUCGUUUUCCUUUUCUGAUUGUUACUUGAUGCUAGCUGGAAUUCAAGAGAUGUCAAUGACUUUAUUCAAAUAAAAGAAAUAUUUUAGUAAA